UGCCCCGCCCACAGGCCUCGAAGUCGCCGUGGACGCCGUUCUUGCGCAUGGAGUCGCCAUUUUGGUCCUAGAGAAGCCGCCUGGAGAGCCGGCGCUUUCUUCCUUCGGCAGCCGAGGCUGCGGCGGGGCCGGGGCUGGGGUCGGGGCCAGGAGGAAUAUUGUUGUCAGAGAAUAACAGGAGGUUGUCCAUAAUUGACUUUAAGCAGCAAAACAGUAAAACUCUGAGCACUUCAGCUCCGCCUUUCUUGCUCUGAGAAUUGGAAAACCAAGAAGGUUUUGAUGUUUUGUGUGGCGCCACCUGAAUUGGAAACCAAGAUGAACAUAACCAAAGGAGGUCUGGUGUUGUUUUCAGCAAAUUCUAAUUCCUCGUGUAUGGAGCUCUCAAAGAAGAUCGCUGAGCGACUGGGGGUGGAGAUGGGCAAAGUGCAGGUUUACCAGGAGCCUAACAGAGAAACAAGAGUACAGAUUCAAGAAUCUGUGAGGGGCAAGGAUGUUUUCAUCAUCCAGACUGUCUCAAAGGACGUGAACACCACCAUCAUGGAGCUCCUGAUCAUGGUGUACGCCUGUAAGACCUCUUGUGCCAAAAGCAUCAUCGGCGUGAUUCCCUACUUCCCUUACAGCAAACAGUGCAAGAUGAGAAAGAGAGGCUCCAUCGUUUCUAAACUGCUGGCUUCGAUGAUGUGCAAAGCUGGUCUCACUCAUCUCAUUACUAUGGAUUUACACCAGAAGGAAAUUCAGGGCUUCUUCAAUAUUCCUGUUGAUAAUUUAAGAGCUUCUCCCUUCUUACUGCAGUAUAUUCAAGAAGAGAUCCCGGAUUACAGGAAUGCGGUGAUCGUGGCCAAAUCUCCAGCCUCGGCCAAGAGGGCGCAGUCUUUCGCAGAGCGCCUGCGACUGGGCAUCGCGGUGAUUCACGGAGAAGCUCAGGACGCCGAGUCCGACCUGGUGGAUGGACGGCACUCCCCGCCCAUGGUCAGGAGUGUGGCUGCCAUCCACCCCAGCCUGGAGAUCCCCAUGCUGAUUCCUAAGGAAAAGCCCCCAAUCACAGUUGUUGGCGAUGUUGGAGGAAGGAUCGCCAUCAUUGUGGAUGACAUCAUUGAUGACGUGGACAGCUUCCUCGCCGCGGCAGAGACCCUGAAGGAAAGGGGCGCGUAUAAGAUCUUUGUGAUGGCAACUCACGGCUUGUUGUCGUCAGAUGCUCCCCGGCUGAUUGAAGAGUCUGCCAUCGACGAGGUGGUGGUCACCAAUACGAUUCCACAUGAAAUCCAGAAGCUCCAAUGCCCUAAAAUUAAAACCGUGGACAUCAGCAUGAUCCUCUCAGAAGCCAUCCGUCGGAUUCACAAUGGACCUGCACGUGUCUGACGCGUGAUCACUUGGCUGUGGCAGGAGAGGAGUUGGAGGUGCAGGCUGCGAGCCCCGGGGGGCAGGUCAGCGGGUUGGUGUGCGCUGCCGCCUGCGUCUUGGCAUGGCUUUGUUCGGCUCCCUGUUCAGUAGCACAGCCAUGCGCUGAGCACAGUGCUGCCUCUGCAUGCCUCAGAAGACGAGAUGCUGGGGGUGGUCGCAGAGGGCAAGUGCUAACACCUUUGUUCAUGUCCGGCAGCAAGAACCACCUGCUCCGCGGUUCAGAGUGCAGAACUCAGAACUUGACUGUGACACUUGUCCCAGGCUCGGGAACGCUGGGUUCCGGGGAGUUAGGCCGGCAUGUUCUCCCACCAAGGUCCUGCAGUGGCACUCCUAUCAAAUUCACGGAGGCAAAGAUUUUUCUUUUCGUUUCAAAUAAACGUCACCCCCAGUGUGGGUCUUGAACUCACGACCCUAAGAUCAAGAGCCAGCCAGGAGCCCCAGGACUAUUUUUUUUUUCCUUCCAAAAACACUUGAGCCUGUGGUUUCUGCCUGUGUUAGAAUCUGGAAUAAAAUAGCAAGUGACUUGGCACAAAAUUAAGAUCGGUCACUUACUGUUUGCCAUAUCUGGGUUUCUUGACGACUUGCUCUGGAGCAGUUCUGCGGCCCUGCGCAUGCAGGAGUGCCAUUAACAGUGGUGAGCAGGGGACCAUCUCUCUGCUCAUCACACCCAGCAGUGUCCAGACCCUUCCUGAUCCGCGAUCUCAGCCAGACAGCCUGUGGUGGUUGGGCUCCCGCAGGUGCAUGAAAGAAAGGUAUUUUGUUAAUUCCCUAAAGUAAUGCUUGGAUCUGAUCAAAGUAGAAGUCUGCACUGUUAAUGUCGGACAUUAACUCUUGCUUCGAACUGUGUGACCUUAAAAUAAGCCCUCUCCUUUCUACGUUGCAAGCAUGGUUUUCUUUGCUUUAUGAGACUCUUGAAAGUAACCAUGUUUUCCUUUUACUUCCAAAUGAAUAAGCUGACAGACGUCUACCAGGAUGGUGGAAUGGGGAACUCCAAAAGUCUCUUCCUCCAUAAAAGGAGAGAAUCAAUGGGCAAAAACAGAAUCAACUGUAUUGGGACUCUAGAAAGUUAUCCAAAGUUUACAGCAACCAAGUAAAUGGUCAGUU